UUAUGAUCCCCAGUGUGCUGUUGCUUGAGGAGUGUGAUUAAUGAAUGAAAAAUGGAGAAUUUAUUGGAGGGUUACAGCUCCGAAGCAAGAUGCAGCCAGAGGACACUAAUAUUCAAAUAUCCAUAAGUUUCGUUGGUGACAUGAGAAAGGGCGACGAACACUACAUUCAGUUCUUCAACAUAAUAAUGCGCAAAUGCCUUGAGUACUUGAAUCUGCAGCUUGCCGGGAGAAAUUACUUUGAUACUCAAAACCAGGUUGAAGUACAGCAAUACAGAUCGUCCCUGUGGCCUGGUUAUGAGACUUCAAUAUGUCAAAUGGAACGCGAUAUUCCGAUGUAUGCUGAGAUCACUCACAAAGUUAUGCGUCAGCAGACAUUGCUCGAUAUCCUCAAUGAUUGUUACAAUGAACAUGGCAACCAGUAAUCAGGUAAAAAUUUCGUAAAACUCUGUCCAGCGACUUCGGGAAAGCCACCAGACGACACUAGAUAACGCAAUGAACGACAACCAAAAUACGUUUAUUACAAUUCGAACGUUUGGUUGAAAUUUACUUCUCAUUUGUGUUUAUUCGAUCAUUCUUGUAUUGUGAGGAAAAGGCGAGAGGAGAUGGAUAUUAUAUUUAAAAGAAGUACUGUUUCCCUGAUAUUCAUUAACGUUUUCAUUAGUUUUAUAGAAUUUUGUGUAAAAAACAAUUUGCUUUUUUGAUACUGAUAAGAACUGACAAAAUCGAGAUAGAAAGAGAAAGAGGCACCAUGCGCGCCAAAGAAAGAGAGCACCGCCCCUUGCGUUCGAGCCCAUGAGCCACCAUCGAAGCACGCAGCACGGCAGUACCUCCCGAGCCUGCCUUCGAUCUACCGCGCUCGCGCACACCCCUGACACUCUCAAUCACCGCUACGCGGCUAUUCAGCGGAGACUCUCCUGUUUAAGUCACAACACCACCGCGAGGUGGCGCACGAACGAUCAGAUUCGCGUCAGCCGUGCGUUCCCCGGAAGAGAAUAUAAACGGCAAAGAUCGAAGCCGAGAUUGGAUCAAAUUCGAACUCUCUAUGGGUUGAGCUAUACUCACUAGCACUCCCAGUGAUUACUCUCUUCUCGUUACACGAGACCCACCAGCACGACGUCGCAUCCCGAGGUUGCAGCAACGCCGCCACCGUGGAAGCUCAUCCCGAACUCGGGGCUGAAAUUCCGGCUCACUCGUCCACCCAGGGCUACGCUUCACCCGGUCUCACAAGCCGCCGAGAUCAGCAACACCAGGGAAGGCUCUCCGCACACACCACCGUGCCCGGUUCCUCCGGUCAGCUUCAAAGGCUCACGGUGGCGGGUUACGACAACUUACUCUCCAUUAAUUUGGCGAGAACGCCUCUAUGUACCCGAUCCAAAGGAUCAAAAUAAUAACCUUUGUUAAAUAAAUGAGGUGUUUCACCUCCUUGAAAUUGAAGACAAACAAAAUUUCGACUACUUCAUUCCACGAGCGCUAGGGCUCGCCGUCAUCGUUCAUCACUCUUCCCUGCUCUAUUGUCGCCGCCAACGGAUUCAAUCUCGUUGCUUCAUCGCCCGCUGCGUCUACCUCGAUCUCUCUCUCUCUCUCUCGAGCAUUCGAUUUUAAACAGAUACUGACUCAAAUCCGAAAC